AUGGGUCUCUUCAAUGUUGUCAAAGCCUGUAUUUCGGCAUCUCCUUUCUUGUUUUCGUUGACAUCCGCCUUCCCCUAUUCUCACAAGAAUUUCAACAAUACUCGACGUUUCGAUAUUGUUUUGACGUGGGAGAAAGGGGCUCCCGAUGGGUACGAACGUGAAAUGUUCAAAGUGAACGGCCAGUUCCCUGGACCGCUCUUGGAAAUUGAAGAAGGUGAUAAUGUUGAGAUUAUGGUGAAGAAUGACUCGCCUUACAACACAACUCUUCACUAUCAUGGCAUUGAGAUGUUAGAUACGCCAUGGUCAGACGGUGUACCAGGUUUGACUCAAAACCAUAUCCAGCCAGGCUGUGGUUUCUUAUACAAGUGGAGAGCUACACAACACGGGACAUUCUUUUACCACUCUCACUCAGACAGUCAAAUCAAUGAUGGGCUUUACGGACCCAUCGUGAUUCAUCCUAAAGCCGGAACAGUCACUCCAUAUAGUCUAAUUACCCAGGAUCCCGCAUCACUUCACGCCAUCAAGGAGGCCGAGAAGCAUCGUAUUCCAAUGCUUCUCUCUGAUUGGCGACACAUUAUCUCGGAUCUUGAGUGGGAUAUCUCCAAGGAAUCGCGCAUCGAGCAUAUAUGCUUCGAUUCCAUAAUUGUAAAUGGAAAGGGCAACGUCAAUUGCCUCACACCGGAACAGAUGGCACCUUUGACCAUACCUGCUCAAGCUGGAUUGCUGUCGCUCGUCAACGGUUCAACCUUGACGGACAAAGCCUGUUUGCCACCUCGAGUUUUGGCUGCUAUCGCGCCACCAGGCUCUCAAGCGCCUAAUCUGGACGUCAUUCCUCACGACCUUUUCUACGAGUGUACUCCCACAAAUGCACCGGCCGACGUCGUUCAUAUCAUGAAAAAGAAAUGUGAUGCCGAGAAAUGGGUGAUGUUCGAUCUUAUCGCCGCAUUUGGUCUGCACACCGUACAAGUGUCGAUCGACGAGCUAGAUCUAAUCAUCGUCGCCGCCGAUGGCAACUAUAUCGAGCCCAUCACUGCAAAUUCCCUGUUAAUGACUAAUGGUCAGAGAUAUACGGUGCUGGCACAGCUUGAUAAACCUAAGAAGUACACCCUACGCAUCAGCGGUGUCAGCGCCCCACAAAUUCUUUUCGGUACCUCUAUCAUCGACUUUCAAGUCGAAGGGGAAGGCCAAGACACAACGGCCUCCAUACCGUUCAUCAAUGAGCGUGGAGUCAAUCUAACUGCUGAUGUGGCUUACUUUGAUGGUACCACGGGCGUGGUUCCAUAUCCGGCCAGCCCGAUUCCGCAAGACGUCGACGCGACGUACAAGGUCCAAAUGACGAUCGAUGGCAGCAUAAACCUUUGGGCCUUCAACGUCACUCACCGCCCCGAGGACCUCGACGAUGUUCAGCCCCUGCUCUUCUCUCCCGUCGCCGGACUGCAGGAUAAUCACACUAUUACCGUCCCAUCGGAGACGUCUUGGGUCGAUUAUGUGAUACAGGUCGGGCCGGGCCAGCCUCCUCACCCGGUCCACAUCCACGGGCGGCACUUUUAUGUCGUCGGUGAGGGAACCGGCCACUUCAACUGGUCGAGCACGGCGGAAGCGGUACUAGCUAUACCGGAGUCGUUCAACCUGGUCAACCCGCCCGCAAGGGAUACAUAUCCUACACCAUCUGCGAACGAGGAGAGCUGGCUGGUGUUGAGGAGACCGAGUGACAACCCUGGGGUGUGGAUGAUCCACUGUCACAUCCAGUCCCAUCUCCAAGGUGGCAUGUCAAUGGUAAUUCAGGAUGGCAUCGAUGAACUGCCGGUUGUGCCCGCGGAAUACGAAAAUUGGACUUGUGCUGCGCAGUAA